CUCAGCUUCCCCUCGAUAGUCAACAUCCGAAUAUCAGUCCAACAAUCCCAACCAGAGUUUUUCACACGCAUAUGAAAAAGAUGUCGGGAAACCCUCUUCCCUCGUCCUUCGACGGGAAUUCGUAAGUCGCACCACAAUCAAUGAAUACACAGAAACCAGCUAUAGAAAAACGGGAAAGCUAAUCACCAUACCACUCCCCAGAGAUUUCUACGAAGAGAACAACUGGCAAAAACUCUCCCGACGUCUCAAAGAAGAACCAUUAAUUCCAUUCGGUAGCUUUCCCCACCCCCCAAUUCCCCAAUCUCACCAACUUUCCCCUCUUCCCCUCUUCUCCACCCCUCAUCUCAUCCCAUCUCACACGCACCAUAACCACCAACUAACACCCCCAGGAUGCGCCCUCACAGUCGCCGCCCUCAUCGGCGCCUCGCGCUCCAUCCGCUCAGGCGACCACAACAAAACCAACCGCAUGUUUCGCGCGCGCAUCAUGGCACAGGCAUUCACACUCGUCGCCAUGGUCGCAGGGUCCAUCUACUGGGACGCGGACAGGAAGAAGCGCAAGGAGUUCGAGGGCGCGGUGUCGGAGCGCAAGGCGAAGGAGAAGAACGAGUCGUGGAUCCGGGAGUUGGAAGCGCGAGAUCAGGAGGAGAAGGAGUUGAAGGCGUUGAGGGAGAAGAGGGCUAGGCGGGCUGCUGGGGAGAGGGUUGGGAAGGUGGAGGAGGUGGUGGAGAAGGGUGAGGAGGAGGGGAAGGGGAUUAUGGGGCGUGUUGGGGGGAUUUUUGGGGGUGGGAAGGGGGAGCCCAAACCGCCUACUGCGAGUUCGAUGGUGGAGGAUAGUGAGAGGAGGACGAAGGGUGUUUUGGAGAUGGUAUGGGAACUUGCGAAUAGUGGGAAGUGA